CUCUUCCUGAGAGUGUUCAGUAUAUAAGCUAUAGUGAGGCGACCUACUACUAGGCUUGGGAUUGCUGCAGUGUUAGCUGGUCAAGGAAGAGUGGAAAGAAACUUGUGUCUUUUCAGGAUGUCUGGUCGUGGCAAGAAGGUCCCAAAGGCUGUAGUUGGAAAAACCUCAAAGUCCUCUAGAGCAGGUCUCCAGUUCCCAGUAAGCCGCAUCCACCGCUUUCUGAAGAAGGGACUCUAUGCAGAGAGGGUUGGCAAUGGAGCCGGCAUCUACUUGGCAGCCACUCUUGAAUAUCUGUGUGCCGAGGUCCUGGAGCUGGCAGGAAAUGCAGCCAGAGACAACAAGAAAUCCCGCAUCAUGCCCAGACACAUCCAGCUGGCUGUCAGGAAUGAUGAUGAACUGGCCAAGCUGUUUGCUGGUGUUACCAUUGCAGAGGGGGGAGUCUUGCCCAACAUCCAAGCUAUUCUGUUGCCAAAGAAGACCUUGAAAUCCUCACAACCAUCCACAAUUGAAGAGUCUCGGGAAGUUUAAAUGUUUACUUUUAAAUUGACAAUAAUUUAUUGAUGGCUUUUAUAUUAUGCUGUUUUUAUUCAUUUUGUAUACCUAUUAAAAGUUGUUCUACUAACA